CGACGCUUAUUGAUCCGGAAGCCCACGAGAUCCAGCAGGAGAACGUUCGAUUCCUGCGGCCUGUUAGACGUUGUUGAGUUUGGUGACGGUUUCGCGUAAAUCGCGGUAAAAAUGGAAAGCGGCGAUUAUCAGUAUGCAACCGCAGAGGCCCCUCGACCCCAACCGGGAGUCCGACCCAUCGUGGAUCCAGAUGCUCAAGGAGAAGUAGAUCCUUCAAUGUAUCCCCAACCAAAAGAAGCAACGCACAAAAUCCGGGGCAAAUCCGACGUCCUUGAAAGGUUAUUUGGACCUGUAGAUCAAGAACUUUUAGUGGUGAAAAGUUUUUACUUCUUUUUCUAUUCCGCUUUCGGUUCUCUGUUUCCUCUUAUGGGCGUAUAUUUUAAGCAAAUGGGCAUGAACGCGGGCCAGUGUGGAUUUCUGAUAGGCAGCCGACCAUUCGUGGAGUUUCUAUCUGCUCCGUUUUGGGGAAGUUUGGCGGACAGGUGGCAAAAAGGAAAGCUUUUGCUGCUGGCUUCUUUGGCCUCGUGGAUUAUUUUUACAGUACCGUUAGGAUCCAUACAACCACCAGCCACCUCUUGUAUGGAAAUCAAAAACAAUACGGCCAUAUUAAAGACCCCCGAUGUUGGUGUUGGUAUGAGGAUGAUCAACAAACGGUCUGUGGAAGUCCAACAACUACCUGAGUUUGUAUACCAUACUGAUGAUCCUGUAGAUUUAGUAAGGUAUUCCAGAAAAGUAAGGUCUGCUAGACCAAUUCUCAAUGCCGGACAAUCACCUAUCAACGUAAAUUACGCUUCUAACUACAAAGAAAAAGAACACGAAAGUUGGGUGCGACCAAUCAUAUCUUCUAUAGUUUAUCGCACUCAGGAUAUCCAAAAAGCCUUCUUUCUUUUACUUCUUCUAGUCAUCAUCGGCGAAUUCUUUAGCGCACCAGCAGUGACACUUGCCGACUCUGCAGUACUAACUUUAUUGGGCGAAGACGCUGAUUGCUAUGGUCAUCAGAGGAUGUUUGGUUCGUUGGGUUGGGGUUUGGCUAUGUUUUUCGUCGGCAUAGCAUUGGACCACUCUACUUCCUUUCCCAACCAUCCCUGUGGACCGGAGAAGAAGGAAAAGAACUACACGAUAUGUUUUGCCACGUUUUCUGUUUUAAUGGGGGCUGCCCUAAUCACGGCCACGCAAAUAAACUUCAAGUAUGAUGACUAUAUCCCACCUCAGAUAAUAGAAGAUCCUGAGAAAAAGCCUGCUCAACUAUCAAGGGAGGAUCAAAUGCAAGCCCAGCUUGCUCAGCAGCUACAGCUGCCAUCUUUAGCUGAUACCACAGCUUCAGACAUCCCUUCCAACUUACCACGCGAGGAGAAGACCAAUAUAUUUGCUCAAACAACAAGAGAAAUGCCAGAAUGGGUAACCGUAUUGCAACAAUUCAAGAACCUGAAGUGCGCAUCAUUCCUUUUCGUGGCAUGGUUCAUGGGCUUCGGAAUCGGUCUGAUCUUUACUUUCCUCUUCUGGCAUCUCCAGGAUUACGGUGGAUCGCCAACUCUCUUCGGAGUUGCUUCCGUCAUCAAUCACAUUUCCGAGAUUUUCGCGUAUUUCUUCAGUUUUAGGUUAAUCCGUCAAAUUGGUCACGUAAAAGUGUUGUGCUUGGGGUUGAUUGUUAACACUUUAAGAUUCUUGUAUAUAUCUUGGGUGUCCAAUCCAUGGUGGGUGUUGCCUUUUGAAUUCAUGCAGGGAAUCACUCAUGCUGCUGUCUGGGCAGCUUGCUGUUCUUACAUAGCCCACAAUACACCUCCAGAACUACGAUCUUCCGCUCAAGGUGUUCUUCAAGGUAUUCAUCACGGUCUUGGUAGAGGAUGCGGCGCUGUGAUUGGUGGAUUAUUUGUGAGCUCAUUCGGAUCUACAGCUACCUUCAGAGGAUACGGUCUUAUCUGCCUUUUGGUUUUGGCUGCAUUCAUAUUUAUCAACUUCUAUCGUGUCGAUCAAGGCUUCGUAUCCGAUAUCCCCCAAACUGAAGACCCGAGACAAGUUGCCGAAGAAACUUCGCAUCUGGCCCCGCACGGGGUACCAAGCAAUCCGAUACCCAGGGCUCUGUCCAGUACUAAGUUGCACGAGAUGGCGCAGCAAGAUGGCUAUGGUGCCACUUACCAGGUGGGGCAAGGUGGUACCUUGGAUUUACCUGGUUCUAAUCCAUUUAAAUCAAACAAUGCUGGCGGUCAGCAAAGAAAUUCUGGGCCUGGAUAUCAGACGAGAACUACUAAUUCUGUCCAACAAAGGUGUGGGUAUCCAGAACCUAAUACAUCUAUAGAAUGUCAGCAACCUACAACGACUGGUCCUCAGAGUUAUGACUGGUAAAAAACAUAAUUGUUAAAACUCAUCAAAAACGACUUAAAAACGAUCUCAUAUCACUUUGAGAGGUUGCUUGAGGUGAAUUUUAAAGUCUUAUAUUAACUAUAUAAAAUUGUAACAAAAUUAAAACAAUUUUUUUAAAUACACUUAGCAUUGUCUAAAUAAAUCAUAUUUAUACGACCUCAACACAUCAUUAAAUGUUACUGUUAUAAAUCUCAUAUCAUUUUUAAGUAGAAAUAACAAUUUUCAUAAAAUUGUAGUCAUACAAUCUUCUUAGGUAUAUAAUAUUAAAAUUGAAAACUUAUUUUUUAAAUAUGACUAUUGUUUUUAAACCUAUUUUUGUUAGAAAUGUAUAGUAAAUAGUAUAUUAAAAUAAAUUAAUUUAAAUCAAGAGAAUUUGGUUGAAAGGAGCAUUAAAAAGUUGCUAUUACGGAGUAUACUGUAUAAAUAUAUCAAUGACAAAUCUUUGACAUAUAUACAAUGUAAGUAUAGUUUUUAUAGUGCCCCAUAGGUUUAUCUAUGGCUUAGGGUAAGUUUAUUAAAAUUAAUAAAGAGAAAUAAUUUUCGUUCAGUUCCAUAUCAAUAACAUAAUCAGAAUGUACA